UACCAGGGGCAGGUUCAGCCUUAAUGCAUCUUGGGAGGUGUAGUCGAGACGGGUGGGGAAACCAGCGGCGGCGGCGGCGCUGGCGCUGCUUCCUGGCCAAGCUUGGGGGCUCCGCAUCGGCGAAGCAGCCUUCCCCAACCUUCAGAUAAUUGAAGGAAAGUUUAAUACGUGAGAACUUCCUAAAAUCUACAAUCAGAAAGGAUCAAUUAGUUUAAGCUUUCUUAUGAAGAAUGGCUACUCCAUAUGUUCCUGUUCCAAUUCCUAUAGGAAACUCUAAUUUUACCACAAACAGAAACCAAAGAAGAUCAUCUCUUGGGAGUAUUUCAACGUGUUCAGAUUCUUCAAAGGGGCAGUUGGAGGACUCUUCAAACAGUAGUUUUAAAAUGAUGAGUGUCCCUGAUGAGAUCGGGGCUACUUCAUCUCCUUGUAAUAGCCCACAUGUCAGGACUAAAUUUAUAGGUACGAACACAUCUAUGGAAUAUUGCAGUCAACCAUCAGAACAAACUGAGCAAAAUACAGACUCUGGAAGCUGGGAAGACCGGCCUGCAACACCUACAAUACUAGGCUAUGAAGUGAUGGAAGAAAGAGCAAAAUUCACAGUUUACAAAAUCCUUGUUAAGAGAAAUCCAGAAGAAAACUGGGUAGUUUUCAGAAGGUAUACAGACUUCUCCAGGCUGAAUGAUAAGCUGAAAGAGAUGUUCCCUGGUUUUCGAUUGGCACUUCCACCAAAGCGCUGGUUCAAGGAUAAUUACAAUCCUGACUUCCUGGAAGAUAGACAGCUGGGACUGCAAGCAUUCCUGCAGAAUUUAGUAGCUCACAAAGAUAUUGCAAACUGCCUUGCAAUAAGGGAGUUUCUUUGUCUGGAUGAUCCUCCAGGACCAUUUGAUAGUCUUGAAGAAAGCAGGGCUUUCUGUGAGACUCUGGAGGAAACAAACUACCGUCUGCAAAAGGAACUUUCUGAGAAACAAAAGGAGGUGGAAGCUCUAAAAAAAUUAUUAAAUGAAAAAGAAGAAUACAUUGAUGCUAUGGAGAAAAGGAUUGGGGAUUUAAAUUUAGGGGAGACAAAGUCUCGUAAGUUGUCAGGACAGGAGAGUGAGGGAAGCGGUGACGUGGAAUCCUCUGCGACAGAGGCAGAUCAAGGAGCUCUGGAAGAAGACAGCAGUUCUAAAAAAGAGAAUCAGGAGCCAUCUUGGAGUGGUCCACUGGCUGAAAACUCUGUGCCAGAAAUUGAAGUCGCUGAGAUAGCAUAUACUGCUGAUGAAAGGAUGUAAACACUGCCAGUUGCCUUUACAUUCAUAUAAAACAAAAAGCAUCAUGGCUGGAAUGCAUUGAACUGAAGCAUUUAGUAGCUAUAAAGCAGGAGGUGAGAAGGCACCAACUUGAAUGUUUACAUUACUCAGUCUGGGUAAAUCUUUGGCAUAGGAAAGAUAAUCAGUGCUGCUUUGAUUUGGCUGUGUGUGUGUGUGUGCAUGCACAUGUGUCUCAUACACAUGCACACACAAAUAUAUUAAAACCUCUGGUUAAGGCCAGGUCACAUUAUGCCUAGAAUCUCUGUAUAUAAAUCACAAUUUACCAAUAUGUAAACGCUAAAUGUCACAUAUGUAGAUAUCCAUCAUGUUUAUCAUCUCGCAUGUUGUAUAUUACAUAUUUGCUACUAAUACACGACACAUUGUUGUAUGGGCAGCUCUUUGGUAUCUGGUUUUUCAGAUUCUUUAUAUAUGCAUAUAAUGUUAUGCUCUGGGGAAUAUAGGUCUGUCAUAUGGGCUUAGAAAAAGUAUGCAAUCUGUUGUGAUUUUUAAAAUGAUACAUGUAAAUAACUGAUAUGUAAAUUUUAAUGCAAUAAGCUAGGAAAGCUUACAGUACCAAAAUGCUAAUUCAGAAAUUGGGAAUAUUUCAGAAGGGGUGGAUUUUUGUUUUUAUGGCAUAGAUGGAAACUUAAGGCACAGUCCUAUGCAUAUAGGACAUUUUCUGUCUAAACAUGCAAAGGAUUGCACCUUUAGUAAAAUAAACUGUAUAGCCCAGUCCCACUGUGAAUAUUCACUUUCAUUUGACAAUGAUGCAAAAGCUGAUUUAACGUAUAACUCCUUUUUAAAAUUGAAUGACAUGUUUGUCACACAGCCACAUAAUCACAGAAACAACAACUCUGCCUUAUAGAGAGAACACUACCUCUUAUUUAGUUGCUAAUGCAUAAAUAUGUUGGUCAAAACAUGUAUAUUAUAGACAGAAAGUUGAGUUGUUCAAGCCAUACUUCUGCAGUUAAUUAACUCGAUUAAAUCUAGUUGCAGUUUGCAUAUGUGUGUUUUUUAGAAUACUGAACACAUGGAAAUGCUUCAAUGUACUGUGUAGUUGAGCUUUCAAAUUGUAUUAAGCCCAGUGAUGCACUUUAUUAUCAUUAAAAAAAACCCUUCACAUGCCAAGUUCAUUGGCUUAUAUAAUUAGUCUGAGUUGAACCCUUGGAUGACGGCAGGUGAGAAUGGUUUGCACAAUAGUGCCUUUUUGCAAUUCGCUUGUAACAUAUGUUUGCUAUAAAGUGUGGGUCAGCUUUGUGGAUUCUUUAAAAAAAAAUCUUUCUGGUCAGCAGUUGUUUGCUGAAAGUGCCUUUUUUGUCUGCUCUUCCAGUGGGAAGAAUGCCACUUUUGUUCUUCUCUGUGCCACCUACUUCUUUGUUUGAAUGCUUUCAACACACACUCUCCACGUGCUUGGAGUUUUCAAUGCUCACUUUGUAUUUUUGGGUGUAAGAACAAAGAUCUCUGUAGAACUAUAUAAAGCCAUCUGGGGCAAAUAAACUUUGGACAUGAUA